GUCUUGUGUUGACAAACAAAUGGCGUUGUCGCGCCAUCUGAGCGACAGCGCGUGAAAUUCCUUUUCCGCGCGCGUUUCCCUCGCGUGUACGUGUGCGCGAAAAUUCGGAAAAGCGAUCGGAAUACGCGAACGCUCGGCAGGAUGACGAGGGACGACGGUGGCGAGCGUGGCGAGCAUGGCGAGCAUGGCGAUCGUGGCGAGCGGGGCCAGCGACCGGGCCGGAGAAUCGCCUUCUCGUCGUCGGCUCGGGCGAGAGAGGAGCGAACGCGCGCGCCGUCUCCAGGCCCCCGUGCCAAGCUACUAACGGCAAAUGGCCAUUUUGUGCGUGACAGUUGUCGGCCGCCAAGUAUAGCAGCAGCGUAACGAGCGGCCAACGAGGCGUCUCGGGUCGUCGGGUCUCUCCUCCGAUCGGUUCCGCUUUCGUUCGUCGGAGCUCGUCGCUCCCGCGAUCCUCUUUCGCCGUCCUAAACCUCGCUCGCGGUCGACGCCGCGGACGAGAGACGCCCGCGCGCGUCCUAGUCGCGUCGUGAUUUAUCCGCGAGCCGUCGUCCGUCAGCGAGCCUCGAAGCGCCGCUCUUGACAGGCGGCGAGCGCCCGUUUCUCUCGUCGUCGGUUUCGCGGAUUCUCCACGUCGAGCGUCAUCGGGAUCGUCGACGGUUCCGGGGGCCGCUUCUCCACGUGCUCCCUCACGUGCCCGUGCUCCGGUUCUCGAGACUGGUGGCGGGCGUCGCGGGUAUUAUUAGACCAACGCUAUGCGAUCGACGGCGAGGGCGACGACGACGGACGGCGAGUGGCGACGUCCGCUAUGCUCCCCGGAGCAGUCGCGGUGGCACCCGCGCGUCAUCGCCGGAUCGCGUUCCUCCGUGUAACGGUCGGCCCCUGCUGCCGCCGCCACCGUCGCUGCUGCAGCAGCCGCUCCGAGGAAGGCUGUCGCGAAAUCACCUGACGUCAGCGUAACGCGAUGCAAGCGUGCGCCCGAGUAUCGGGUACGGAGCGCGCGCGUGUCUCGUUUGUAUACGUAUGCAUGUACAUAUGUACUGCGCGCGCGACGUUUCGCUCGUUGCGCAAACGAUAAACUUGCUCGAAAGUUGGAGCGUCUCGGUCGCUCGUGCCUCUUCGCGCUCGAGAGAGACGCCCGCGGCGACAGCUCGCUCCGCUCGGCGGUCUUUUCUUUGUCCGCGCUCGAGGAACGACGCGAGAUGUCUGGAGAGCCCGGGGAUUCGCUUGGAAGGAAUGUGAUCCGAGUACAAUCGAAUUGUUUCUAGUGCGCAGUGUGAGUCUUGUAAUCAGCGAUAGAGUAGAUAAGACAGGUCGUACGAACUCUGAAAAACAUAGAUGGACCUGUGCCAGCGGCGGCAGUGGCGGACCCCGUUCGCUGAGAAGCAUAGAAGUUCCGACGCCUACUCCUACGCCCCCAACACCUUUGCUAAGUUCUGAAUGCCCCUCGUCCAACUUUACCAAUCUACGGGGUCAAACUACCCAAAGAUCUAAAUCGCGAGUGGAUGCAAUGUUGGAACGUGCUCUGACACAGCCACAACAGUGUUCCGUGGAUCCACUAGAUAACGCCCAUAAUUGGGAAAUUCCUAUUUGGACGACAGAAAAGUUUCAAGCUUGGCUCAACAAAAUCUAUGCUUCUUUCAAGGAUACCUAUAGCUUGAAGCAGUUGAAACAAACCAAUCAGCGUAACACUGAGAAAAAUUUUAAGGUCAAGCAAUUGAAAGGAUCAUACAUCAAAUUUGAAUCCUUUCACAGAAUUACUAGACCUGUGUUUCUGGAAUUAUCGUCGUGGCCAACGUUAAACUUCGACGGUGACCUAGGUUCGUGUCCUUUUGAUACAAAGAAGCAGGGAAAACGAGAAAAUAAAUUAAUAAACAAAGAGAUUAAGGAGAAUAAGGAGGCUAUUGAAUCUACAAAUAGGGCCGAGGGUAAAGAAAUGACUCGGAGACCCCGUGCCACCGCUGCACGUGCCCGCAGAACAGAACAGCUGGUUGCUGGUUACUGCGAAAUUUGUCACGUUCAUUAUGACGAUCUAUCCAAACAUUUACAAAGCGAGCAGCACUUAAAUUUUGUGGGAAAUGACGACAACUUUUUAUCUUUGGAUACGUUAAUCAAUGCAGGCGCCAAUGUGGAGGCGUUCUUAAAACUAAAUAGAACAAAGGAUAUCGAGAAAGACUGUGAUUGUUUCCCCAAUGGAGAUGGUAAUCUUCAUAAUGCAGUACUGCCCGAGGAGAAGGUUAACAAAAACACCAAAACUUUAAGUAACUUUAGUGUUGACGAGAUAAAAAUGGUGAAUGGUGCGCGUAGAAAUCUUAAUUUAAAAUUAAGUUCGCCGCAUAAUUUGCGUACUCGCGCGAAACAUGAAAGCGGACAUCUUCUUAGAUCCAAGGGCAGUCCGUGGCACGAAGUCGAUAAGAGCGAAAAGUUGUACGAUAAAUUGGAGGGUUUCACCAUCAAGAAACGUUCGAAAGGUACUAUCUGGAUCGAGGAAGAUGACCCGGACGAGAAAUAUGAAGAGAACAUUCUGCGAAAGGAAUCGAAGCGAGAGGACUAUAAAAGGCCCUUCUCGAAUGAUAUCGACAUUUUAAAUACUAAGGAAGAUAAUAUCAGUAGUAAGCAUAGUAAUAAUCUAGAUCCGCCAAACUUGCAGCCGGCGAUUGUACAUAACAAUACGCAAAACGGUAUUAUAAAUUCGUGUCGUAUAUCGGAAGAAUCGGAUUACCUCAAGAAUAAGGACGAGUGUAACGGUGACGAAAACGCGUGUGCGUUGGAAUGUAUGAUAAGUGUAGAAAACGGUGUAGUUGACAAUAGUUAUACCGGGAGUUGCAAGCCGUGUAAGAAUUUAUUUCAAAGAGACAAUUGCGCAUUGCAAGCGGAAAAAGUGACAAUAGAAGCGAGAAAGUUGUCGGACGAUGCGAAAGAUUUUGUUUGUAAUGAAUAUAACAAAAGUGAACAAAAAGAUUCAAAAGUGCUGCAGGGAGAGAAUAAUCGUACGAAGCCCAAGCAUCCUUCCCGCCUCAAUCGAAGGGGUGGCAGAAGUAUCAGAGGUCGAUAUCGACAUCGACUAUCGGUGGAGGAACGGUUGAUCGAGGACAAUCGCGCAUAUUACAAAGUAGAAGUGUUAGGUAAUAAACUGCGAUCGAGUGCAGUGACGGGUAGUGGCAAUCCACAACAGCACGCGGGACCGAAAGAUGGCGACGACGAGGAGAAAAAGGAAGCACCGUCGCCGAGUGAGAAGCCGGUGGUAGUGCGAUUUAAGCGCGUAAGAAAGUCCGAGUUGUCGUUGCUGAGCGAUGAGGCGGAAUCCUUUAUGUUUGGCGAACCUAAACGAGAUGACUCGAAUGAACAAACCAGUGACAGCGAACAAAGUAGCGUGUUUCCGAAAGAUACGGAAAACAGCGAAGCCGAUGAAACUGCCAAUUCAUCCACAUUGCUGAGUUCGCCUUUAAAUUCCAGUUCUGUAAAACAGGAAAUUAUCGAGGAGGAUUCCCAGGAUUCUGUACAUCUAGGUAGAGCGAGAAAAAGGAGACGCACACAAGCUGAAGCGUUUAUCAAGGACAACGCCGAUUACUACAAGUUCGAGACGCCGGGCAGCAGAUUAAGGUAUCAAGCUCCGUUGACCGGUAUCAAGGACGCCGCGUUUGCGGACAGUAGGGAACACGCGACGUUGAAGAAAUCGGCCCAACAAUCGAACGACUGCAAGUCACAAGUCGAGAAUAUAAUCGAGAAGAUUUAUCCGUCCAAGCCGUCAACGGAGAUUGAAAAAAUGCAAUUCUCCUUUGAAGCGAUACCCAAAUCCGAACCGUGGUAUCAAACGUAUCAACGUCAGGAUACGGGUGCCGAGUUUUGGCACUGCUUCAGCGAAUGCGAUACGAUGAAACCGUUCCUACUGCCAUACGAGAUAGAGAAUUUUCACGAGACGCUAAUAAAGAUACAAAAUAGAAUCGACGCAGGAGGCAGGAAAAGGGGUCGUGGGCGCGGUAUAGGAUGCGCGGGACGUUCGCCAAGAAAAAGUCCACGUUGCCACGCGUCUACGCUCGCCAUCAUGUCCACUAUCAUUCGCAAAAGAGAGCAACAACAGUCGUCGACAUUAUGCACGAUAGAAGAAACACCGCCAUUUGUCAGAUCGCGCACAAAUACACCCAAGCUUGAACUAAAACAAGAUCUCAAGUCGGAUCUGGACGAGGAGAUAAAGGAUAUAGCAAAAACAAUCGACGAUAUGCUGAGCGCAAAGGACAUGAUAACAGAAUUGAACGUUUCAUUAGAGCCUGACAUGGACUUGGCGCAAGCCGACAGUCUUUGCGGGACACCAAAAGGCGCGCCGUCGAAUCUGUUGGAGUUGCUCGAUAAUUGUCAAGAUAUCACCAACUGUUUGGAAAACAACUCGUCAUGCGCCAGUUCCGAAUGUGGUGAGGCGAACAUAGACAUUCCGCUGAAAAGAAGAAAACGAAGGAAAAAUCGAACCGGUUGGCCAGUUGGGAACAAAAUGAAGAAAAAAGUACAAACAAACAACAAGGUAUCGUCAAUGGAUAGCGACCGGGAAUUGUUGCUGGAGAAAAAGCUCUAUCCUGGCAGGAGUUUCGCUGGAAAUACCUUGGAUACGUCCAGCAAAUUGCCGGAAGGGACUAAUUCUCACCCGGUAACGACAUCGAAUAAUAACGUUGUACUGCCAACCGUUGCGGAACGGCUAAACAUCAAUCGAAAGAGCGAUACUGACGCCUUACUGGAAAUUUGUACAUCUCAUAAAUCGUGUCACGAGACGCUCGCAAAGAGAGACAAGAGCGUAGAUGCCAUUAACGACGACAACAACACGAGCAGUUACGUCGAAUCAUUAGCCAUCUCGGAGAACACGUGCGACGACACAACGAAUAAAAACUACUUGUCGAACAAGGAUUAUCCGUGUAGGAAAGACUUAUCCAAGAUCGAGGAGAUUUCGGAGAACGACGAGUCGGGCAACGAUGAGAAUCACGAGAAUCAGAAGAGCCUGUUCGGCAGAAAAGACGUCAACGCAAUCACCGAGAGGAAUUUGGUUGUCAAGUCGUCGUCUAUUGUCAGGAAGCAACGACAACGAGACCACGUUGCCGUUGCUAUCGCCGUCGACAAUAACAGCUGCGAGUCGCGAGACACGGAGAUUGAGAAUCGGGACAAUAUGCAGUUGCAGCAGUGCAGAAAGGAGGCAGAAUCCGGUAUAGUUCCUAAGAAACAUCACAACACCAAUUCCGAAUUGUCGUCGCCGAAACGGCAACUGCGAGGCGGCAAUUGCGAAGAGAAUUCGUCCGAGAACACGGGGGAAUUGUUGAAGCAACAUGGUCGUCAACACGGCAUCGUGUUUGCCGCGACAAGGCGCGGUCGAAUGGGUUCACGAAGGCGCAUCUAUUCUAGGAAACGUCAGUCGAAAACGGCCGUCGCUCACAAUAAUCUGUCGUCGUCCGAUCAUCACGUUGGCAUGGUGUACGACGAUGAGAAUUGUAAGAAGGACGCUUAUUUGAGUAUUACGUCUACGUGUAAUAAAAAGCAAUCGCCAAGUGCCGGAGUGCGUAGCGCGAAGCGCAAAAGCGAGGCCAUCUCGUCGUCGGACAACGUCCAGGAAUCGUCCGAUCCGAUGAUGGAUCAAUGUGCGUUAUCGGAACGCGUUAUCAGCCCGUCGUCGGUAAUAUCGUCCACCGAGCUCGAGCAGCGACGUUCGAGCAUCGAAUUCCAGCCGGUCGUACGGAUGAUGAAGCUCGACGAUCAAGUGGACAUGGAUCAUGGUAUUCUGUCGACGGUGACGGUGGCGAGUAAUCGACGAUUGAGAAGUUCCGGUGGUUCGCCACGAUCGAAUAACCCCAAGCCGCCGAAGAAACGCAUAAAGUCCAGUCGUGGACAUUUUGGACGGUGGUUGAAGAGCAGCUGAAAAAUAGAUGCGAAGAAUAAAAGUACUUGGACUUAGAUUUCAACGACGCUCGAUCUCGCGAUUUGAUAUUGUCCUGACGCGAUGUACAUUGUGUAUAAAAAUAUUAUUUGUGUACGUAGAGAAUAGUAUUUAACAUCGCAUCGUAGUAUUCUCUUUUUCUCUCACUCUCUUUCUCUCUUUAGUGAUACCCAUGAAGUAAGAGAGAAGGAGAUCGAACUCCAUGUAACAAAAGUGGUCCCGAAAAGUGGCACCUAAUUGAGAGGGAAGGGAAUCCGCUGAAAAGAAUAGUUUCUCGUGUUUUGGCACCAUUUGCAAUUAUUAACUUUACCCGGCCAGCUCGGUUUUAUCUCAAUUGUUUACCUGUGGCUUUACAUGCAUUUUUCAUGAUAAAAAUGGCAUGUUGGAUCAGAGAGCUGCUAGAUUCGAGA